ACUCCGCGCCGCCCUUUCCUCCUCCUCCUCCUCCCAGCUGCCGCUCGAUGCCGGGCCCGGGAGCGGCUGCAGGGAGGCGCCGACCGAGACGCGGCAGCCCGGCUGGGCCUUGGCUCCGGACCGUGUGAGACACCAGCAGGAUCAAGGGAUCUGAGGCCACCAGCGGCUAACUCGUCCUGGGACAUCGCCCAGAAAAUAACCUUCCGUCAUGUUUAACUUAAUAAAAAAGGACCGAGAGGGGUCCAGAAGGGACAAGAAGGACAAGAAGGAGAAAAAGGAGCGGAUGUCAGCGGCUGAGCUGAAGAGCCUGGAGGAGAUGAGUAUGCGCAGGGGCUUUUUCAAUAUCAAUCGGGCCUCCAAGAGGGACCCCAAGAGCCGGCUGGAGAUCUCCAACCCCAUCCCCAUUAAGGUGGCUAGCGGCUCGGACCUGCACCUGACUGACAUCGACUCGGACAGCAAUCGGGGUAGCGUGAUCCUGGAUUCAGGGCACCUCAGUACAGCCAGCUCCAGCGACGACCUCAAAGUGGACGACACCACCUUCAAGGGGUCUGUGCUGCAGCGGGCCGCCAAGUUUGGCUCGUUGGCCAAGCAGAACUCGCAGAUCAUUGUCAAGAGGUUCUCCUUCUCUCAGAAGAGCCGGGACGAAAGCACCUCCGAAACCUCCACGCCGUCCGAACACUCGGCCGCCCCUUCCCCGCAGGUGGAGACGCGGACGCUGGAGACUCAGCUCGCCAAGCAAGGUUUGCCACCGGGGCCUCUGAGGGCUCCGUUGGUGUCCUCCUCCCGAACCAGGUUGCCCGAGGUGGUCAGCAAAAGGUUCCCAGCCGAGCUGAAGCUCCCCAUGGUGGUGCCCCCAGAGCCGCCGGUUCCCAGGCAGCUGGAGCUGCAGCGGCGCAACACAGGCGACUUUGGCUUCUCAUUGCGCCGCACCACCAUGUUGGACAGGACCGCAGAUGGGCAGGUCUAUAGGCGGGUGGUGCAUUUCGCCGAGCCGGGUGCCGGCACCAAAGAUCUGGCUCUGGGCUUGGUGCCGGGGGACCGACUGGUAGAGAUCAACGGCCGUAACGUGGAGAAUAAGUCCCGGGAUGAGAUCGUGGAGAUGAUCCGGCAGUCGGGGGAGACGGUGCGUCUUAAAGUGCAGCCGAUCCUGGAGCUGAGCGAACUGAGUCGCUGCUGGCUGAGGAGUGGGGAGGGUCUUUGCAGAGCAGCCUUUGAUCUGGAGCCCACGAACCCCGCGGCUGCACUAAGCCAGGCAAAGACGGAGGAACAGAUUGCAGCUGAAGAGGCCUGGUAUGAAACGGAUAAAGUGUGGCUGGUCCACAAAGAUGGCUUCUCCUUAGCAAGCCAGCUGAAGACUGACGCCACUGGCCUUCUCCCCGAUGGGAAAGUCAAGGUGAAGUUGGACUACGACGGAGCCGUACUCGAAGUGGAUGAAGAUGACGUGGAGAAGGCUAAUCCUCCGUCGUGCGACCGGGCAGAGGACCUGGCUGGCCUGGUCUAUCUCAAUGAGUCCAGCGUCCUGCACACGCUACGCCAGCGCUACGGCGGGAACCUCAUCCACACCUACGCUGGGCCCAACAUGGUCAUCAUCAACCCCCUCAGCUCUCCCUCCAUGUACUCCGAAAAGGUGAUGCACAUGUUCAAGGGGUGCCGCCGAGAAGAUGCGUCCCCCCACGUCUACGCCGUGGCCCAGGCUGCCUAUCGCAGCAUGCUGAUGAGCCGCCAGGACCAGUCCAUCGUCCUCUUGGGCAGCAGCGGCAGUGGCAAGAGCACCAACUGCCAGCACCUGGUGCAGUACUUGGCCACGGUGGCCGGCAGUUCCGGGAAGGUCUUCUCAGUGGAGAAGUGGCAGGCUCUCUACACCAUCCUGGACGCCUUUGGCAACAGCGGCACCAGCUUGAACGGCAACGCCACUCGCUUCUCGCAGAUCAUCUCCCUGGACUUUGACCAGGCUGGCCAGGUGGCCUCUGCCUCCGUGCAGACGAUGCUGCUGGAGAAGCUCCGGGUAGCCAAGCGCCCCACCAAUGAAGCCACUUUCAACGUCUUCUACUACCUGCUGGCCUGUCUGGACAACGCCCUCCGGACAGAGCUUCAUUUCAACCACUUGGCAGAAAACAAUAUCUUUGGGAUUGUGCCUCUGUCAAAGCCGGAGGAGAAGCAGAAGGCGGCCCAGCAGUUCAGCAAGCUGCAGGCAGCCCUGAAGGUGAUGGGCGUUUCCGGGGAGGAGCAGAAGGCCUUCUGGCUUGUCCUGGGGGCCGUUUAUCACUUGGGGGCUGCAGGAGCGACCAAAGACGCCGACGAAGCUGGGAGGAAGCAGUUUGCUCGCCAUGAGUGGGCCCAGAAAGCGGCCUACCUGCUGGGCUGCACCUUGGAGGAACUCUCCUCCUCCAUCUUCAAGAAUCAGCACAAAGGGACGCUGCAGAGGUCCACCUCCUUCCGCCAGGGGCCAGAGGAAGGGGCUCUGGGAGACGGCUCAGGUCCAAAGACGUCUGCUCUGGAAUGCUUGGAGGGCUUCGCUUCGGCCUUGUACUCGGAACUGUUCACGCUGCUCAUCUCCCUCCUCAACAGGUCUCUCAAAUCCAGCCAGCGCUCUUUAUGCUCCAUGAUGAUUGUGGACAGCCCGGGCUUCCAGAACCCCGAGAUGGCUGGGCAGAGCCGUGGGGCCACCUUCGAGGAGCUCUGCCACAACUACGCCCAGGAGCGCCUGCAGACGCUGUUCCACGAAUGCACUUUUGUGCAGGAGCUGGAGCGAUACAAGGAGGAAAACAUAGCCCUUUCCUUAGAUGCCAUAGAGCCCAGUACAUCGGGCUCUGUAGCCACAAUAGACCAAGCGUCCCACCCGGCACUGGUCCGCUCGCUCGCCCGGACGGAUGAGGCCCGGGGCCUGCUGUGGCUGCUGGAGGAAGAGUCUCUUCAGCCUGGAGGCAACGAGGACACCCUUCUGGAACGGCUCUUUGCCUACUAUGGCCCACAGGAUGGGGACAAGAAAGGCCACAACCCUUUGCUGCGGAGCAGCAAGCCGCGACACUUCUUCCUGGGCCACAGCUACGGCACAAACUGGGUGGAAUACGACACAACUGGCUGGCUGAACUACGUUCGGCAGAAUCCCGCCUCCCAGAAUGCCUCGCUUCUCCUGCAGGGCUCUCAGAAGAGGAUAAUCAGCAGCCUCUUUGCGGGCCGAGCCGGGACCGGCAUGGUGCUGUCCGGGUCCAUCGCUGGCCUGGAGGGGGGCUCCCAGCUGGCCCUGCGCAGGGCCACGAGCAUGCGGAAGACCUUCACCACCGGGAUGGCGGCCAUGAAGAAGAAGUCGCUGUGCAUCCAGAUCAAGCUGCAAGUGGAUGCCCUCAUCGACACCCUCAAGAAAUCCAAGCUCCACUUUGUCCAUUGCUUCCUGCCCAAGGCGGCGGAUGGCUGGAGCGGGGACCCCAAGGGACCGGGCGCGCGGAGGGUCAGCACCAGCGAGCUGGACCUGCACGGAGAGCACUGCGAGGCUGGACUCAUGCAGCUGGAUGUGCCCCUGCUGAGGGCCCAGAUCCGGGGUUCCCGACUCCUUGAUACCCUUCGGAUGUACCGGCAAGGUUACCCCGAUCACAUGGUCUUCGCAGAGUUUCGACGGCGCUUCGACGUCCUGGCUCCACACCUGACGAAGAAACACGGGCGCAAUUACAUUGUCGUGGAUGAGAAGCGGGCGGUGGAGGAGCUCUUGGAAUCCCUGGAACAGGAGAAGAGCAGCUUUCACAUGGGCUUGAGCCGGGUCUUUUUCCGGGCAGGAACCCUGGCCAAGUUGGAGGAGCAGCGAGACAAACAGAUGAGCAGAAACAUCACGCUUUUCCAGGCCGCUUGCCGGGGCUUCCUGGCUCGCCAGCACUUCAAGAAGAGGAAGAUUCAGGACCUGGCGAUCCGCUGCGUUCAGAAGAAUAUCAAGAAGAACAAAGGGGUGAAAGAUUGGCCUUGGUGGAAGCUCUUCACCACUGUCCGGCCCCUCAUUGAAGUUCAGCUCACGGAGGACCAGAUCCGAGGCAAAGAUGAGGAGAUUCAGCAGCUGAAAAGCCGGCUGGAGAAGGUGGAGAAGGAGCGCAACGAACUGCGGCUGACCAGCGACCGCCUGGAGAGCAAGAUCACAGAGCUGACGUCGGAGCUCACUGACGAGAGGAACACGGGAGAAUCUGCCUCCCAGCUCCUGGACGCUGAGACAGCUGAGCGGCUGCGAGCAGAAAAAGAUAUGAAGGAGCUACAGGCCAAGUAUGAUGCCCUUAAGAAGCAGAUGGACUCCAUGGAGAUGGAAGUGAUGGAGGCCCGUCUCAUCCGCGCAGCGGAACUCAACGGAGAGAUGGACGACGACGACUCCAGUGGCGAGUGGCGCCUGAAGUACGAGCGCGCCAUGCGGGAGAUCGAUUUCACCAAAAAGCGCUUGCAGCAGGAGCUGGAGGACAAGCUGGAGGUGGAGCAGCAGGGCAAGAGGCAGCUGGAGAGACGGCUGGCCGACCUGCAGGCUGACAGCGAGGAGAGCCAGCGCGCCCUGCAGACGCUGAAGAAGAAGUGCCAGCGCCUGACUGCAGAGCUGCAGGACACCAAGCUGCAUCUGGAAGGCCAGCAGGGCCGGAAUCACGAGCUGGAGAAGAAGCAGCGCAGGUUUGACAGUGAGCUCUCGCAAGCUCAUGAGGAGGCUCAACGGGAGAAGCUCCAGCGGGAGAAGCUGGCCCGAGAGAAGGACAUGCUCAUCGCCGAGGUGUUCAGCCUCAAGCAGCAGCUGGAGGAGAGGGACUCCAACAUCGCCCUCUACACGCAGAAAGUGGAGUCGCUGGAGGCCGAGCUGCAGGACCUCUCCUCGCAGGAGUCCAAAGACGAGGCUUCCCUGGCCAAAGUCCGGAAGCAGCUGCGGGACCUGGAGGCCAAGGCCAAAGACCAGGAGGAGGAGCUGGACGAGCAGGCAGGCACCAUCCAGAUGCUGGAACAGGCCAAGCUCCGACUGGAGAUGGAGAUGGAGCGGCUACGGCAGACGCACGCCAAGGAGGUGGAGAGCCGGGACGAGGAGGUAGAGGAGAUCAGGCAGUCGUGCCAGAAGAAGCUGAAACAGAUGGAGAUGCAGUUGGAGGAGGAGUACGAGGAGAAGCAGAAGGUGCUGCGAGAGAAGAGGGACCUGGAAAGCAAACUGGCCACUGUGAGCGACCAGGUUAACCAGCGGGACUUUGAGACAGAGAAACGGCUGCGGAAGGACCUGAAGCGCACCAAGGCCCUCCUGACGGACGCUCAAGUCAUGCUCGACCACCUGAAAAAUAACGCGCCCAGCAAACGGGAGAUCGCGCAACUUAAAAAUCAGCUGGAGGAGUCGGAGUUCACGUGCGCCGCUGCAGUGAAAGCUCGCAAAUCCAUGGAGGUGGAGAUCGAGGACCUGCACUUGCAAAUCGAUGACCUUUCCAAGGCCAAGGGAGCGUUGGAAGAGCAACUGAGCCGUUUGCAGCGGGAGAAGAACGAGGUGCAGAGCCGCCUGGAGGAGGACCAGGAGGACAUGAACGAGCUGAUGAAGAAGCACAAGGCAGCCGUGGCCCAGGCCUCGCGGGACCUGGCUCAGAUCAACGACUUGCAGUCCCAGCUGGAAGACGCCAACAAGGAGAAGCAGGAGCUGCAGGAGAAGCUUCAAGGCCUUCAGAGCCAGCUGGAGUUCCUGGAGCAGUCCAUGGUGGACAAGUCGCUGGUCAGCAGGCAGGAGGCCAAGAUCCGCGAGCUGGAAACGCGCCUGGAGUUUGAAAGGACGCAAGUGAAGCGCCUCGAGAGCUUGGCCACCCGGCUGAAGGAGAACAUGGAGAAGCUGACGGAGGAGCGAGACCAGCGGACAGCCGCCGAGAACCGGGAGAAGGAGCAGAACAAGCGGCUGCAGCGCCAGCUGCGGGACACCAAGGAGGAGAUGGCCGAGCUGGCCAAGAAGGAGGCCGAGGCCAGCCGCAAAAAGCACGAACUGGAGAUGGACCUGGAGAGCUUAGAAGCGGCCAACCAGAGCCUGCAGUCAGACCUGAAGCUGGCCUUCAAGAGGAUCGGGGACCUGCAGGCUGCGAUCGAGGACGAGAUGGAAAGCGACGACAACGAGGAUCUGAUCAACAGCUUGCAGGACAUGGUGACAAAGUACCAGAAGCGCAGGAAUAAGCUCGAGGGCGACUCGGAUGCCGAUUCGGAGCUAGAAGACCGGGUGGACGGCGUGAAGUCCUGGCUCUCCAAGAACAAAGGCUCUUCCAAAACGGUCUCCGAGGACGGCAGCUUGAAGAGCGGCAGAUCAGCUGCGCCUUCUUCAUCUGUCAGAGAGGGCAAAGAGGCUAAGGAGACGGAAGAGAGGCCCGUGUCAGUCAUGAGUUCCCUCAGCUACAGGAAGCGGACCAACCUCAAGGACUCCAUCGGAGGCAAAGGGGACGAGGAGACCCUCUUCUCCACCCUGAGCGAACGCCCCGCCUCGCCCGACCGCUCCUUCCGCAAGGCCAAGCGCCACUCAGCGGCCAGUGCUUUGGAGGAGGCCGGUUCCCUCGCCUCGUGGAAGAAGGCUGCCGGAGAUCUGGAGGACAGGGGCUCAGUCCUCUCCGAGGCCAGCAGCCAGGCCCGCAAAGGGCUGGAGAAGCGCUGCUCUCUCUCAGCAGCCGAGUUGGACAAGGCUUCGGUUCUCUCCGCCCCAGUCAGUCGCGGCGGGGCCUCUUGGUGCGGCCUGGGGUCCCACGAGGACGAUGCCAAGUCGUCCCUCAGCUUCGCCUUGUCCAGCCCGGGAAGCUUGCGGCGGAGCACCUCCCGCCUGGACGACCUCAGCCCUACCCACAGCCGCCCAGCCUCUCGCCUCUCCUUGGGCCGCUCUGAGCUGGACGACGCAUGCAGCGUGGCCCUGAGCGAUUCCCGGUCCUUGUACAGCCAGCACUCGCUCACCCGCAGCCUCUCCGUGCCCCCGCGGCCUCGCACCUUGGCCUCGGACGAGCUGCAAGUGGAAGACCCCGACAUCCGGCCCGUCAGUCACCGCAGCUACCUGGAUCCGGACCUGGAGGCGGCCAUCCACGAGGUGCUGAACUACAAGCCCGUCAAGUUCAAGCGCUCCAGCCUGGACCCGGAUUCCGAGGAUGAAGACGACCGGAAGAGCACGAGGAGCACCAAAAGCGCCCUGCUGGAGACCCCUGAGCGCCCCGCCAGCAGCCUGCGCCGGUCUGCGUCCGCCAUGGAUUUCUCCAGGCCUCACAGCUCCAAAGGGAAGAGCCGGAAGAGGAGCAGCAGCUCCUCCAGCAGCUCCUCCUCCUCUUCGUCUCCCGAGAGGCAGCGGAAGAGUUCCAAGAAGCACUCCAAGAAGUCCAAGAAGAAAAAGAAGCAUCAGCGGUUCUCCUCGGAGUCGUCCUCCGGCUCGUCGUCCGGCUCCACCGUCUCCUACCGCAGCAACUCCAGCGUCAAGAAGGGUCCCAAGCACGGAGGCCCGGCCUCUGAAGAGCAGGAUGCCAACGGUGCCAGGGAGGGGCAGGAAACCGGGAAGUCCAGCAAGCAGCUCAAAAAGGAGGAGAAGCAACGCAAAAAACAGGUGGACAGCCUGAUGAUGAAGUACCUCUAUCGGCCGGAGAGCGACUAAGCCCCCCAGGCUAUCGGAAACCAUUUACCUACGACAAGUCAGACGAGGAGCGAGACAUCUUUGACAGCAGCGGCGCUCUCAGGUCCAAGCGCUCCUCUCGGAGCUACCUGAGCGACAGUGACUCUGAGAGCAAGCCGGCGGAA